AGAGGAGGCGGUGUUAUCGCGAUAAGACCGCGGCUAUUACAGGCUAUAUUAAAAGGCUGACCUGUUGCGCCUCUCAGUCCGGGAGGGAAAGUCUAAUUGCUGCGGCUGGUCGGAGGCAGAGGGAGCUGGAAAUGGCAGGGAUACGAACCAGAGCCAUGACGGAACACCGGAGCGCGGCUGCCGGCAGAGCCGCUGCCGUCGCCUCCCUGCUUCAGCAGGAGUGCUCCCUCCUCCUGGAGCUCUAUAGAAAACGAGAGGACUUCCACGUAGAUGUGUCGGACGGCCGUCUUGUGUCUGUUCCUGCUCCUUCCUCCCAGCUGGACACCAGAGACAAGCUGUGGAGCCUCCACUCUGCCUUGCUGCAGUGCCGCACCUUUCUGGAACGAGGUAUAGCCAAAGAAAAUGAGGAGCUGGGUGGUGGGGAGAAGGGCAAGUACGAAAAACAGAGGGAGACGGUGAAGAACAGACUGUCGCUCCUCUUAAUCAACACUGGAGAGCUGCUCAGAGCUGCGGACGGCGCCGCCAUCUUGACUCCAAACUUUGAUGGCUCAGAGACAGAAAGUCCGUCCAGUCUGUUUGAACUGAAGCUGUGGAUUUACCGGAUCUACAAAGAGGUGGAGCACUGGACCAAGAUCGCCGUUACCACCUUGAAGGAGCUGCCGUCCGACACUCCCAAGGAGCGACGGAGGAUAACCUUAAGCACACGGAGCAAGAGGAGAUGAGACUGAGACGUGAAGAGAGUGGGUGUUGGUGAUGAAGAGGAACGUGAGAGCAACAUGAGUUGGAGGGAACAACGGAGGUGAUGAGCGUGCAGCAUGGCCAAAGUGAAAAAYACACCGAUGACUGCUGAAGCACAGAGAAGAGUUGAGGCUUUUUAAAUUUCUGAAUGCUCUUUAAAAAGAGAGCAAAAAAGUAAAACUCUAAAAAUAA